GUCGCCAGAAAUUGUCCAUACGCAGACGCAUUCAACACUGGCAAGAAGCCUUUUAGAAACGAGCAGUCCCUUUCCAGCGUCAGCGUCCACGAAGCAUCCACCAAAGAUGCCCCUUUCAAAUCGGCUGGCGAUCGUCACGGGCGGUGGAAGCGGCAUUGGCAAAGCGGUCUGCCAUGCACUGGCGAAAGACGGGGCAACGAUCGUGGUGGCCGACAUCAAUUUGGAGGCGGCGAGAGCAACAGUUGCCGAGCUGAAAGGAGAAUCUCACAUGGCUCUUCACGUGGACGUGGGCGAUUCGUCCUCCGUUACUUCCCUCAUAGAGAGCGUCGGCUCUCAGUGCCGGAGUCCUUUGAGCAUCGUGGUGCACUGCGCUGGUGUGGGCAAAUGGUGUGCCGUCGUGGAUAUGACAGAAGACGACUACGACGAACUGCUGCGAGUGAACCUCAAGGGCACAUUCCUCGUCAACCAGGCUGCUGUGAGGGAGAUGCUGAAGAGAAAAGUACCCGAGGGCUCUAUAGUUAACAUAGCCAGCAUCGCGGGCAAGAGCGGAUACGCCAUGUUUGCCGCCUACGCAGCUUCCAAGGGCGGCGUCAUAGCAUUCACAAAGUCUCUGGCCCAAGAGUUGGCCGGAACAAACAUAAGAGUGAACACCAUCCUGCCCGGACCAACCGACACUCCCAUUGUAGCCAUCAUGCCCGAGGAGUCAAGGAAAGAAGCCGCCAAAGCAACUAUCCUGAAGAGAUUCGCACGUCCCGAGGAAGUGGCCGACGUGGCAAGAUAUUUGUGCAGCUCUGGUAGCUCGUAUAUUACUGCCACGAGCGUCGAGGUCGCUGGUGGAAUGUGCACCUAAUACAAAGUUUCAACCAGAGGAAAACAAUAUUCUUUUUUGGGUGUGUGUAUUUGGCGUGAAUGCAAUAAAACUGUUCUAAUCUUUUUCGAAA